AAAAAUGAUGUGGUUGAAAAUGAAAUCGCCAUAGCUCCGCACAUCCAUGCACACACACGCACACGCAUAUGAUCUGUCAAAAUCUGACGUCAUCAGCGAAUCUGAAUUGUAUACAAUUUAAGCGUGUUUUGGACAGCAGAGACGGUGGCUUAUUGUGGCCGUUGCUGUUGUUGUUGUUGUUGGCUGUGAUUUAAAACUGACAUAUUUUGUGUGUGAGGAGCACAAGUUGUUGGCUGCGGUGUGGCCGCUGUUUGCUACGACUUUUGUCGGUUUUGGCCACAAGUCUGUAGGUAGAAUUUGCGUUAUUGUUGUUGUGUUGGCUGCCAGUUGACGGCUGAUAGAGCUGUUGUUGUUUUUGUUGUUAUUUUUUGAUUGCAAAAUAUCAUAGAGACCCACCUGAAUUUUGUUGUACUGCCAUGGCAGCUCAGUCUGAAUGAAACGAUCGAUGUGUAAACACGAAAACGAAAUUGAAAUUUGUUAAUUGAAAAAAUAAAAAAAAAAAAAGAUAAAAUUCAAAAAAUAAAUCUGCCAAAAAAGAAGGGCAAAAGCGAAUUAAAAGAAAACAAGAAAUAAAUAUUGAAAAAAAAACAACGAAGUAAAAUCGAGUUUGAGUUGCUGAAAGAAAUACAAUAAAAAAUAUUUAAACGAAUUGAAAAAAAAAAAAAAAAAAAAAACAAAACGUCUUAACCAAAAGUGCAAAAAGAAGAGGAAUAUUUUGUAUACCCGUGUAUUUGUGUAGCUAUCCCUGUACGAAAAGAACAUCAACAAUCGCCGUAACUCGUUCACCAUGGUGGGUACCAUGGACGUUAAAGAUUUAAAGGGCGCCAAAAUAACCCAUGCCGGUCUUCUAAAACACAAUGCCGAUGGCACAACGGAAACACAAAAAAUCACACACGCCGGCCUGGUGGCUCGCAGUCCCGAGGGCACUGCCGCCAAGGGCAUGAACAUACGCGGCAAUGAGGAUUUAUGGGUGGAAAUUCAGGCGAACACGUUUCGCAAUUGGGUGAACGAACAUUUGCGUCCGACAGGCAUGCAGGUCCACGAUUGGGCAACAGAUUUCUGUGACGGCACCUGCCUUUGUGCCCUAGUUGAAUCCCUACAGACCCGCCCCUUAAAACCAGCAUGGAAUCGACGACCUGCUAAUCAACAUCACUAUUUGGAAAAUGCCACCACUGCCCUGAAAUCCAUAGAAGAGGAUCACAUCAAAUUGGUGAAUAUUGGCAAUGUCGACAUCGUCAAUGGCAAUGUCAAAUUGAUUUUGGGCCUCAUCUGGUCCCUCAUUGUACGCUAUCAAAUCGGACGCAGUAAAUUCCCUCCCAGGAAAUUGAUGUUGGCAUGGCUUCAAGCAGCUCUGCCCGAUUGCAAGAUUACCAAUUUGACAACAGAUUGGAAUAGUGGUGUAAACUUGGCUGCCCUCUUGGAUUAUUGUAAGCCAGGGUUGUUUCCACAUUGGCGUUCAUUGGACCCCAGCCAGAGUAUCCGUAACUGUACAAAUGCCAUGAAUUUGGCACAGAGUGAAUUUGGUGUGCCCAAGGUUUUGGAACCGGAAUAUUUGGCAUCGCCAUGGCUGGAUGAAUUGUCCGGCAUGACAUAUUUGUCGUAUUUCAUGAAGCCCGGUGGUCCGGGUUACAAUGCCACCAUGAGAUGGGUGAAUACCCAGGUCAGGGAGCAGGUGCAGAAUUUUACGACCGAUUGGAAUGAUGGCCGUGUCUUGUGUGAAAUCAUCAAAGGUCUGGGUGGCCCUGCCCCGGCCCCAGAAAAGCUAAGCACCGAUCCCUUCCACUAUGAGAACAACAUACGCAAGGCUUUGGAUGCUGGCACCAAACUCGGUGUCCAACCAGUAUUAACGGCCAAGGAUAUGGCCAAUCCCGAGGUGGAACAUUUGGGUAUAAUGGCCUAUGCCGCCCAUCUGCAAUGGGUGCCGCCCAGACCACCACUGUCCGAUAUGGUUAAUGUGUUUUUGGAAAGCACAUCGGGAAGGGUUGGAGAACCAACCCACUUCCGCAUUGACAUUUUGUCCCGAGACAUUAGCCUCAGCAACAUCAAGGCGUUUGUGUUGCCACCCUCUGGCCACCCUCAACCCGUAAAACUAAAUGGCCACGGCGAAGGUGUCUAUAUACCAGACAAAUAUGGCAUGCAUGAAGUUGUGGUGGAAAUUGAUGGCGAUAGCCUGGGUGGCCAUUUCUUUAGAGUCCUGCCCCGCUUCAUACAGGUGGCCCCACCGGGCAUGGCUCCCUGUGCCCUUGGCAGUUUGGUGGAAGUUUUGGUCAAUGCCACAGGUGCCCCAAAAACCGAGGACAUUCUUGUCACGGCUGUCUCGCCAACGGGUAUUUCUCACAACUGCCCUCUGAAAAAGGUGGAAGAGGGCCACAGUGCCAUAUUUAAACCCGACGAGGCGGGCAUAUGGGAAAUAGCCAUUACAUAUCAGGGACGCCACAUACAGGGUGGUCCCUUUACUUGUGCUGUAUUUGAUGCUUCCGGGGUGUCGGUGCAUGGCCUUGAUGGGGCCAUGCCUUUGAGGGCCCACUCCUUUGAGGUGGAUGCCCGUGGCGUGGGUGUCAAUGGAGAGUUGCAUGUUGACAUUGUUCACGACAAACGUUCCCUGGUCUGUUCGGUGGAGAAAAUUGUGGACAACAAAUAUCGGGUCACUUUCAUACCCCGACAAAACGGCAAAUAUCGAGUCUAUGUCUAUUUCAAUGGCUACGAUGUCAAGGGAUCGCCAUUCAUUAUGCGUGUGGGUACCAAAGGACGUUCGGGCAAGACCCGCGCCAGUCCUCUCCACGACACCAAACAUCGCUCCGAAAGUCCUUCAAUGCAUUACACCUCCACCACGUCGACCCGACACAAUGACUAUCGCAAUGCCGCCACCUCCUCCUUGUCGCGGCGAGAUCUGAUGAAUCAUCAUUCGAACACAAGUACCACCAACAUUGGCACCAACGAACGGCAACGCUCCUUUUCGCCCCAGUACUCCCCCAAACAGGAUACCACAGACUAUCGCACCAGCUCCAGUUACUACAAGCGCGAAAGUGAGGAUAAAUUGGCAACAUCACCCCCACCACCGCCGGCACCGCAGCCACCAUUUCGUGAGCGUGAAUACAAUGAUUCACCCACAACCAAAUAUCUGAAUUCGGUAGACCUGUACAAUGUAACCAGUUCACGACGUGACUCAAGAGCCUCUAAUUUAUCGAAUGCCUCCAAAAAUGAUUACUACUAUGACAAGGAGAAUGAGCUGUACAGCAGCAGACGGAACGAACGUGAUUUGAAGUUAGCGCCACCGCGUGAAGAUCGCGAAGACUAUUAUGAUUUGCAACAGCAGUCCAACCACCAACAACAGCAACAGACACGUACACAAACACGCGGCUCGGUCUCAUACAGUUCGAGAUUGAGUCCCAUACUGUCCAGUCCCACAUCUGAUAUCCGUUCUAGUGAGGUACGGACCCAUAGUCCACUGACGGUAAAAACUUCGUUGCCUUAUGAGACAACAACACGCAACUUGAGUGUUAGCCCUCGGCAUAUGUCUGCAUCGCCAGUGCAACGUUACUCGCCGAACAACUCGUACAUUACCACAGCCACACAUCGCAUGAGUCCCAGCACCACUUUGAACAAGAAUGGCUACGAAACACGCACCGUCGAAAAGACCUCAACCUACAAGUCGAGUUCGAACUAUGUCACCGAUUCUAAUAUACGUGCCAGCCCUUCGCUCUAUGGCACCGCUGAACGUUUGAGACGCACCGAAUCACCGGAACCACGUAUCGAUCACUCGUCAAAUGUUCGGGUAUCUUCAAUGAAACCAGCCUCGGCCAGACGUGACAGUUGGGAUGUUAUAAACAAGACGAAACACUUGCUAUCACACAACUCGCUCGAGUCGUUGGCCAAUAUGACCGAACAGCAGCUGAAUACGGAUUUAAGCUAUAAUCGCCCGGAUAUUGACAAUGAAACGCAUCGCAAUACCCAGUACAAUAAGUUUGCUCUCAAUGAGCAGAGAUUUCAGAGGGAGAGACGUGGCUCCAGAGAUUCCAUAGAAGAAGCUGAGCGUUAUAAACCCAGUGCCAUCACGGUCAAGUCACAAUCGAACAACACUUACACCGACAAAUCGGGCGGCUAUACACGCACCGUCAAAGAGUCCAGUCAACAAAUCGUUACCGAAAGCUCCUCCACUUCGAACGGAGGUAAUACCAUUGGCGGUGGCGGUGGGAAUUAUGGCUACAGCUCCUUGUCUCGAUUUCGCCCCAUAGAAAGUUCUACAGCGACCGCAACAACUGGCAUAACUGGCGCCAAAGCUAUCCGUGUCCAAGACAUACCCAAUGGGGCAAUUGGUCGCCCUGUCGAAUUUGAAAUUGAUGGCUCCAAAGCCGGUUCGGGAAAUUUGGAAAUUCUAGUUAAUGGUGGACGGGUUACAUCGUCCGUCCGUUCGUUGGGUGGUCAACGUUUCAUUGCCAGCUUUACACCGCAUGAACCGGGCACUCACACCGUCCAAAUAACCUUCAAUGGCGAAACUAUACCAGGUUCACCGUGGCACGUUGAAAUCAUGUCCACACCCGGUCUAACAGCAUUGGGCGAAUCGACUCGUCUUGUACCCGCCAACACACCGGCGGUUUUUGAUAUACUGCCGCCUCCUGGACAAAGCCUUGCGAAAGGCGAGUGCGUGGCAACAGUUUUGGGUCCUAACAAAUCCAAGCUGAAUGCCAGAGUCACCCACGAGGCGGCAAAUGGUGCUGCACGCAUCGAAUUUGUACCGACCGAGGUUGGCACUCAUGUCAUUGAGGCCUCCAUCAAUGGUACAAAGAUAUCUGGCGGUCCGUUGAUAGCCAAAGUCUAUGACUCCAGCUUGAUACAGGUCACCGAUGUUAAUGGUGGUGUUGUCGGCCAGCCGUGUCAAUUUCGUGUCGAUGCCAGCGCUGCUGGCGAAGGACAGUUGGAAAUCUCCAUAAAUGAAGGAGAAGUACCGAAUCAUGUCCAGGUGGUGGGCGGUGGCCGUUGUUUGGUCUCGUUUACACCGGAACAAGCUAAACCCCAUUUGAUUGACAUUAAGUUUAAUGGUGAAACCGUCAGGGGUUGUCCCUUUGUUUGCCAAGUGGCUGACACCUCGCGUGUCAUGUUGAAUUUAUCGAAUUUGGAAUUGAUACCGGUCAAUAGACCGGCAUCCUUUCACAUCACAGUGAGUGGUGGUGGUGCUGCCGAAUUGGCUGUCAGUGUUCGUGGGCCCCACGGAGAGUUGCCGGUGCGCGUGACCGGUGAUAUACAUGCCGGAUUUACGGCAGAAUUUACACCCACCAAUGUGGGUGGCCACUCGAUAAAUGUGGAAUACAAUGGCUUCCCCGUGCAGGGUACACCGUUCUUGGCAAAAUCUUACGAUGCCACCAAGGUGGUGGUGGGUAGUGUUUCGCGUGGUACAGUCGGUCGCCCAGUGCAGUUUACCGUCGAUGCUGGAGACGCGGGUGAGGGUAAUUUGGAGAUAACAAUAUCGGCCAAGGGCCAGAAUAUACCAACUCAAGUACAUCCGCAAGGCAGUGCAAGAUUCUCCGUUUCGUUCGUACCCACCGAGGCCUGUGAGCAUACCAUCAAUGUGUCAUUCAAUAAAAUGCCCGUUCCCGGCUGUCCCAUCACAGUGAGCAUAAGCGGCGGCAUGUCUGGUCCCCAGGUAUCCCUGGGUGGCCCCGGACCCGUACACCAAUCGAAUUCUUUUGUCAUCAAUCACAACGGCGGUCGUUUAGAGGAUAUUGAAGUUAAUGUUGAAGGACCCGCUGGACAAUCUGUGCCCGCACAGGUCCAUCAGUCAGCAGAGGGUGUCUUCAAGGCAGAAUUUGUCCCGAGAGUAGUGGGCGAACAUCGCGUCCAUGUCACUGUCUGUGGCAUGGCAACGGCCGGAAGUCCAUAUGCAGCUAAGGUUUAUGACGUCAAUGCCAUCAAAGUGAAAAAUGUGAGCAAUGGGACAGUUGGAAAACCAGUUACAUUCCUAGUGGAGACCUCACAGGCCGGUCCCGGUAACCUGGAGGUCACCGUCAAUGGCGGUCGUGUACCAACAUCUGCACAGGCUCAAGGACAGCAUACCUAUGCAAUUAGUUUCACACCGCGCGAAGCACAAAAUCACACUGUCGAACUACGUUUCAAUUCUCAAGAUGUACCCGGUUCGCCUUUUACCUGCCGCGUAUCGGCAGCUGCACGCAUACAAUCACCCGAAACAAUGGAUAAAGUUAGUGUGGGUCGUAUGUUUGAGUUCGUUGUGGAAUCGGAUACUAAACCAACCGUUGAGGUAUUGGGUCCAGCUCGUCGUAGUGUGCCGGUUCUCAUCGAUCCCAUACAUGUGGGAUACAAUGUGAAAUUUGAACCAGUUGAAGUGGGUGAUCAUUCUGUGGAGGUGCGCUUACCAGGUGGUGGCCAUGUCGAAGGUAGUCCAUUUUUGUUGAAAGCCUAUUCCGCCGAAAAGGUGGUUGUCACCGACAUUCGGCCCGGAGUUGUGGGUAAAAGUGUGAGUUUUGGCAUUAAUGCCAGCCAAGCAGGAGCUGGCAAUUUGGAAAUCAUUGUGGCGGUGAAUGGUAAAAAUGUACCGAAUUUUGUGCAAUCGGAGGGUAAUGCCCGUUUCAAGGUGAACUUUAAGCCCACAGAGGCAGCAGCCCACAGUUUGUCGGUGCGUUUCAAUGGUCACCCAGUGCCCGGCUCACCAUUUACUUGUCACAUUGGCUCCGCGCCCAUUAGUCUGCCAAGGGCAAUUGCGACGGGAGAGGCAUUGAAACAGGCCGCCAUUAGGGUGGAUAACACAUUCGAUUUGGAUGGUUUCGAGGGUGUGGAACCACAGGUAUUUGUCACCUCGCCCUCGGGAGAUAAUGUGCCGGCCCAUGUGCAACAUCAAGGUGGUGACUCCUACUCGGCCACAUUCCGCCCGAAUGUGGUGGGAAGGCAUUUGAUCAGCGUUACAGCAUCUGAUCAACAUAUCAAUGGUUCGCCAUUUUCUUGCAACGUGUUUGAUGUUUCGCGGGUGACCAUCAGUGGCCUGGAACAGCAGUAUGGCCCGGCUGCAUUGGGCAUACCGGUGACAUUCAGUGUUGAUGCAGCCGGUGCAGGAGAGGGUACUUUGGAACUGGUGGUUUCCACAGAUACCAGCACCGUAAAGGCUGAGGUUGUGGCAUGUGCUCGUGGCCUCUAUGAUGUUACCUUUGUGCCGCAGUCCACAGAACCCCACUAUGUGAACAUCACAUUCAAUGAAAUGCCUGUUGAUGGUAGCCCCUUCCAGGUGGAUAUCCAGCAGACAGCUCAGACUAUACAAAUCGGUAGUUUGGCCAUGAUCGAUUUCCCUUCGGAUGAUCAAAUAGCGGAGAUCAUGGGACCCGAUCACAAACCAGUUCCCUACACCAUCAACAGACAGACCGCGGAGUUCCGUACCCACAUGACGGGUAACUAUUUGAUACGAUUUAUUGAUCGUGAAACACGACAACAUGUUGGCACCCGAACGCUGACCGUUUUCGAUCCAUCACUGGUGAAAAUUACCGAAGUUGGCGAGGCGUUGUGCCAUCGUCCGGCCAGCAUUUCGGUGUCGCUGAACGAGGCUGGUCAGGGCGAUUUGUCGGCCUUUGUAAAAUGUGGUGCUACCGAGGUUCCUCAUACCAUACGAGGCCCCACGAAGAAUGGUGUCUAUGAAAUUGUCUAUCAUCCAACGAGGGUAGCUCCCCACAAGAUUACGAUACUGUUUAAUGAUGUACCGAUAUCGUUGAAACCGUUGGAGAUAAAUGUGUUGCCGGCCGGUGCUGGCAAGGAGAUUAGCGUCAGUGGCCUUGGCUUGUAUCAGGCCAGAGUGGGUAAGACCACCUCAUUUGCCAUUGAUACCAUUAAAAGACCGGCCAGGGAGUUUGAUGUGGUGGUAUCGGGUCCCGGUGGUCAGGCUCUGCCCGUGAGAUGUUAUCAAACCAAGAGUGGCCAUUUGCAGGCGGAAUUUACUAUCAACAAACCGGGACAAUGUAUUAUUGAGGUACUCCAUCAGUCCAAACCCCUACCCGGCAGUCCUUUUACCUGCGAAGCCUUUGACACCUCCAAAGUAUCCGUCCAGGGCAUUCCCAAAGCACCCAUGGCCCUCCACAGUCCCAUUGCAUUUACGGUGCGUACCGAAAAUGCAGGUUUGGCAGAAUUGGAAGCUUUUGCUGUGUCACCUACGAAUCAAAAUGUUCCCGUUCACGUUAACGAACAAUCCGAGGGUAUCUAUAGCAUUGAGUUCAUACCCACUCAGCCGGGCAGCUACAAGCUGACACUGAUGUAUGGCGGGGAGACGUUGCCCAGUUCCCCAUACACCUUUACAGCCUCAACAAAUGGUGCUCGAACAGAUUCACGUGCUGCCGGCAAUGGUCUAGAAGUUUGCCAUCGCAACAAGGAGGCCUCCUUCAUUGUAUAUUGUCCCGUUCAGCCUAAUGUCCAAAUUGAACGUUCCGAUGAAUUUGGAGAACGAAUUGAACCGAAAAUCAAGCCGCUGGGAAAUAAUGAGUGGCGUAUUUCCUACACCAUUUUGACGGUGGGUCGUUAUGAAAUCCGCGCCAGUUGUCCAAAUCGUGGUAAUCUUCCUGGUUCUCCAUGGCACAUUUCCUGUGUGGAAUCCAGUAAGGUCGCACCCGUUGGCGGCUGGGGUACUCUGCUGGAUCAUGAGGGUCGUCUUAUUUUACCGGCUCGAAUAGUUUUCGAUGUAGAGAAUGCUGGACCCGGUGAACUAAACUGUACCAUUGAUGGUGUUGAAAUUCCUGUGGACAAGUUGCCAGAUGGCAAAUUACGUCUCUACAUAAAUGGCGAUAAUAUGACACCUGGCGAACAUGACUUGGAAUUGACAUGGAGCGGCCUAACCAUAGUCCAGUGUCCACGCAGUGCCUUUGUCACCGGACAACAGGCGGCCGACAAGGUUGUUCUAACGGGCAGGGGUUUGGCUGCAGCCCAGGCUGGAGAGGCAGCCCAUUUCACAAUCGAUGCCACCGAUGCCCCAGCCGGCAGACCUGAAGUAAUACUUGUGCAUCAGGACAACACCUCAGUACCCGUGAGUUUGGCUCAACCCAGACCGAAUGAAGCCAUUUGGAUGGCUUCCUAUACACCACAGAAGUCGACAUCAGGACCUCUUACCUUAUCCGUCAAAUGGAAUGGUCGUUUAGUGAAGGGUUGUCCUCUAACUGUGGCCGUUGGUUCCUCAAUGGAUGCCUCAAAGGUCAUAUGUUCGGGUGAGGGUCUACGUCAUGGUAUUGUGGGUAAAGACAUAAAAUCAUGGAUUGAUACUCGUCGUGCGGGUCCCGGUGAAUUGACAGCCCAUUGUGCAGGACCCCGUAAGGUGGCCUAUUGUGAGCUAUACGAUCAUGGUGAUGCCACAUUUACUCUGAAUAUUAAACCCCAAGAACCAGGACGUCAUGUCCUGACUAUUAAGUAUGGUGGACAAAAUGUACCCGGUUCACCAUUUGCCCUUAAAGUGGCGGGAGCUCCUGAUGCAAGCAAGGUACGUGUCUAUGGUCCCGGCAUUGAACAUGGUGUUCUGGCAACUUUCCAAUCCCGUUUCAUUUGCGAUACCCGUGGUGCUGGUGCUGGCCAAUUAACAGUGCGUGUACGUGGUCCUAAGGGGGCUUUCCGUGUUGAAAUGCAAAGAGAAUCGCAAAAGGAUAGGACAAUACUGUGCAAGUACGAUCCCACCGAACCUGGUGACUACCGAGUGGAAGUAAAAUGGGCCGGUGAAUUCGUACCCGGGUCACCAUUCCCCGUCAUGAUAUUCGACACCGAAGAGGAGCUACGAAGGUUUCUUCAAGGUAUAUGAGGCCAACACAGCAUCAGCACCAUUAUAUUGCCAAACCCUGCCCUCAAUCUCCCACAACAUCAUAUGCAACACCAACAACAACAACAUCAUAAUCAAUUAGCCCACCAUCAACAAGCAUCGAAUGCAGCCACACCCAUUCUACCGCUAUUUUCCCAUCACCAGCAAACGCUUCUACGCCUAUCACCGUUAUAUUUGAAUGGUAACGGUCUGGGCGGGUAUAUUGGCGGUGGAGGUGGUGGCGGCGGCAGCAGCGGUAUUGCCGUUUGUUUUGGCGACAAUAGUAGCCGUGCUGCCAGUCAACAGUAUCUAAGUAAUCCGGAUUUGACCUAUGACCUUGGUGGCUCACGUUCUUGUCUAAAUCGUAGUCGAUGUCGGCAAGAGUCGAGCUGCACCAUACUUUGACGUACGAGUAUGUGUGCGAGUUCUUUGGUAAAAGAGCUGCACACACAGAAUUUUUGUUAUCUUAUAACGUUAACCAUACAUUACACCUAACAAGUAUAUUUAUAAACAAUAGAUUGUAUUUCAUACAACUACAACGAAACGUUUUUCUUGUAAGGCAAAACAGAUUUUGUUAUUAAGAAAUUAUUUUUAAAAAAAUCAAUUUUUUAAAAUGCUUUAAUUUAAAAGGAUGAACAAAUAUAUAUUCCAUAAUAAUUUAUCAUUAUUUUUCUUUUUGUUUUAAACGAAUCUUUAUUUUCGUUUAUUAUUUUUUUUUGUCGUGACUAACUCUUAGCUUUAAUAAUGAGUUUUACUAUAACAAAAAAUUACAUUUUUUAUUUUAUAAUUGUAUGCGUGUUAUUAUUUUUAAUAAUAUGUCAUACAUAUACACU